GCGGCGUCCUUAUGGUAGGUGGGCGGGGACGGGAGGAAGAUGGCGGCACCCGAGGCAGCAGCGGAGACGCAGGCGCCAGGCGGCGCGCGGUCCCCGGUGUGUCUGCUGGUGCUGGGAAUGGCGGGGUCCGGGAAGACGACCUUUGUACAGAGGCUCACGGGACAUCUGCAUAGCCAAGGCUGUCCGCCGUAUGUGAUCAACCUGGACCCAGCUGUGCACGAAGUUCCCUUUCCUGCCAAUAUUGAUAUUCGUGACACUGUGAAGUAUAAAGAAGUCAUGAAACAAUAUGGACUUGGACCCAACGGUGGCAUAGUGACCUCACUCAAUCUCUUUGCUACCAGAUUUGAUCAGGUGAUGAAGUUUAUCGAGAAGGCCCAGAACAUGUCUAAAUAUGUCUUGAUUGACACUCCUGGACAGAUUGAGGUAUUCACCUGGUCAGCUUCUGGGACAAUCAUCACUGAGGCCCUGGCUUCCUCACUUCCCACAGUUGUCAUCUAUGUUAUGGACACAUCGCGAAGUACGAACCCAGUGACCUUCAUGUCCAAUAUGCUGUACGCCUGCAGCAUUUUGUACAAAACCAAGCUGCCUUUCAUUGUGGUCAUGAAUAAAACUGACAUCAUUGAUCACAGCUUUGCAGUGGAAUGGAUGCAGGAUUUUGAGGCUUUCCAGGAUACCUUGAAUCAAGAGACUUCAUACGUCAGUAACCUGACUCGUUCAAUGAGCCUGGUUCUGGAUGAAUUUUACAGCACGCUCAGGGUGGUAGGUGUGUCUGCUGUCGUGGGCACCGGCUUGGAGGAGCUCUUUGUGCAGGUCACCAGUGCUGCUGAGGAAUACGAACGACACAUUGUUUGGAUUUGGAUUCAUCAGACAAGGGAGUAUCGUCCUGAAUAUGAACGUCUGAAGAAAUCACUGGCCAGUGCACAGAGCCAGCAGCAGAAGGAACAGCUGGACCGCCUUCGCAAGGAUAUGGGCUCGGUGUCCUUGGAUGCAGGGACUGCCAAAGCCGGCGCAUCUCCUGUGCUCGACCCUUCUGACUUGAUCCUGACCCGAGGAACCUUGGAUGAAGAAGAUGAGGAAGCAGACAGUGACACCGAUGACAUCGACCACAGAGUUACAGAGGAAAGACAUGAAGAGCCAGCGUUCCAGAACUUCAUGCAAGAAUCAGUGGCACAGUACUGGAAGAGAAACAACAAACAGUAGAUGUUAAGAUACUGCACUUGUUUCCAGGCGUCACAAUUUUGGAACUCCAUGUGAACGACCUGUCCGUACUUCUGCCUGGGGCACUAUAAAGGCCAGUGUUCCUCAGAGCAGCAGAGUUUUUAUUAGAGAAAUCUCAUGAAUGAUGAAGUCAGGGAUUGAAGGUAUGGCAUGUAGAUGCUGAUUCUUCUGUGGCCUUCCCUCGUACGUAUGUAAGGAAGGGUAUAGUGACUGUUCUUGGAAGCUGAAAUUUCUUCACACCCCAGACUGCAAGUUUUAGCAUUUGAACUAAAGGACAUUUGCUCCUGCUGGGGGAAUGGAGAGAGCCUGGUCCCUGGUCACCACUCCAGGUCUCUGUUGUGAAGCUGUACCGUGGCCUCUGCCUCCCCAGUAUCCUGCCUUACUCUGCACCGUGAGUUGCCCUUCUUUGAGCACGAAGCGGGAGACAUGAGCUUGUCCGGAGCGGCUGUGGACAUCGAUGUUGGUACGAAAUGUGCCUCGCACUGGAUAGCAAGUGGGAAAACCAUAUGAUUGUUGAAUAAGAAUCCUGUUUAAGUGGAGACUUGGAUCGCGUUUUUAAUUUUAACUUUGUCGUAAGCCUGUUACUCGGAAGGCUGUCAUGAUUUCAAAUUAGAGAAUUGUAGAAUCACAAAUAUAUUCCCUUCUGCUUAUCAGAAUGUUCAAA